AUGUCGCAGUGGAACAAUACAUACUCCUAUAACAAUCAAUAUCAAACCUGGAAUGGUGACCCUAAUGGCCAACAAUAUGUUAACCAGGCUUACUAUGCCAACAGAGCAAAUCCAUCUAAUCAGUAUGUUAGCUUUAAUGAAUUUUUAUCCCAAAUGCAGAGUAACGGUGGCGGUAUUGUUGCUAAUGCACCUAAUUAUACCAAUGUUCGAUAUGAGAACUACCCUACUAGACAACAGCAUAGUUAUCCAAAUGUACCAUCCACCUCACAAAACCCUCAACUAAACAGUUAUAAUUAUCCAGCCAGCUCAUCCAACAUAUCUAAUGAAACUGACUCCUACCAAGUCAACAUGCAAAGUCAGUACAAUACAACACCACCUGAACAAAACACUUACUCAAAUGAAAUGAUUCUCAAGUCUAAUCUUACUGCUACAGCUACAGAAUUUGUACCUAAAUCUGUGAUGAAGCCUUCCAGCAGCACACAGAAUUUUUCUAAACAAGAAAACAAAUCUCAAAAUGGAGAAAGUGAAGCUAAAAAUAAUUAUAGUACAAUAAAUGAAUCUAGGAAUCAUUACAGUAAUACAAAUGAGUCUAGAAAUAGUUAUGGUAAUUCAUCAGACACUAACUGGAGGGAAAGACCUCAGCAAACAGCUCCAAAUACAGAAGUAAAUAGGUCCGAAUCAAACCACAUUCCUCAGGAAGUUAAAAAAAGCUAUGAAUCUAACAGUAGGAACCGUAAUCGUUAUAAUGAUUCUAACCGCAGACAGUAUGAUAAAAGUAAACGCUAUCAGGAUACUAAUGAGCAGUACUCUGACUAUAAUAACUUGGAAGCCAAUGAUAUGGCAAGUCCUCAAGAAAUCAAUAGUCCACAAGUAAGUGCAGGCCACACACAGGAUGCUACCCAAUACCAUGAAUCGUCUUCAAGCAAAGAUGAAUCAAAUGGUCCUUAUUCUAACUCAAGUAGCUACAGCCAAGAAGCUAACAAGCGCCAAUAUGAUUCAAAUAAUUGUAACCAAGACUCAGCAGCUAGAUAUAAUGCAACAAGUAGCCGAAUCUCUGACUCAAACGGCCAAUAUAAUGAUACAAGCAAUCGAAACCAAGAAUCGAAUGGUAGAUACGGUGAAUCUAGUUAUCGUAACUCGGACUCCAAUAGUCGGCACUAUGAUUCUAAUCGAUAUGACUCUAGCAACAAAAGGGGCCAAAACAAAGUUAAUUAUAAGACAAAAAAUAAGGAGCCAGAUAAUAGAACAUUCUAUAACAGUGCCAUGGGCAAAGAUACUCAGGAUGUUAGAGCAUCUAAAGGAGAAGGUUCUAGCCGAUAUAAGAGCUAUGCAGGGACUCAACGACUUCGAACAGUGGAUCGUAACAGUACUGAAGAUGAACAGUAUGCUAACAUGUAUUUACAACCUAAAGAAGAGAAAAUUGAAAAGGAAAGAGAGAAAAGAGAGAAGUCAGAACAUAUUGCUAGUCCACAAAGAUUCAGAAAACAGCAUGGUCAACAAGAUCAAGCACAUAAUGAGAUGACACAACGCGAACGUCUGACGGAACAAUUAGACAAGGGCACACUAGAGUGUCUAGUUUGUUGUGAACGUGUAAAGCAGACAGAACCAGUAUGGUCUUGCAGCAACUGCUAUCAUGUGCUGCAUCUACGCUGCAUCCGCAAGUGGGCCAUGAGUAGCAUGGUUGAGGGCAAAUGGCGUUGUCCAGCCUGUCAAAACACCAAUGAGGCAAUACCAACUGAAUAUCGAUGCAUGUGUGGAGCUGUACGUUCACCGGAAUACCAACGUGGUGCUGCGAGUGCUCACACUUGCGGCAAGGCUUGCCGCAGGACACGGACCUGCCCGCAUCCAUGUACAUUGCUAUGCCACCCUGGACCAUGCCCACCAUGCCAGGCGACUGUUACUAAACAAUGCGGUUGUGGAGCAGAAACUCGAUCAGUAUUGUGCAGCAGCAAAUUACCGCAAGUAUGUGGACGUAUAUGUAAGCGUACGUUAGAGUGCAACGUUCACACAUGCGGAAAAGACUGUCACGAGGGACCCUGUGACGUAUGCAAGGAGACUGUUGUACAAGUGUGCUACUGCCCGGGCGCGGUGUCCCGCACGGUGGCGUGCACGCUGGACACGGGCGCGGCGCCGAGCUGGUCGUGCGGCGCCGAGUGCGGGCGCGUGCUGGCGUGCGGCGCGCACGUGUGCCGCGCGCCCUGCCACCCGCCGCCCUGCGAGCCCUGCCAGCUCCUGCCACUCAACGUGCAUGCCUGCCCUUGCGGGAAGACCAAGUUGAAGCCAGACUCACGCAAAUCUUGCACCGACCCGAUACCGCUGUGCGGUAACAUUUGCGCCAAACCUCUUCCCUGCGGACCUGCUGAAGACAAACACUUCUGCAAACUCAAUUGUCACGAAGGUGCUUGCCCUACAUGCCCUGACAAGACAGUGCUUCCGUGUCGCUGCGGUCAUUCCAGUCGCGAAGUACCCUGCGCUGAUUUACCCCAGAUGUAUAACAAUGUGCUAUGCCAGAAGAAAUGUAAUAAGAAGCUGUCGUGCGGACGCCACCGCUGCCGCACGGUGUGCUGCGCGAGCGCGUCGCACCGCUGCGCCGUGGUGUGCGGCCGCACGCUGUCGUGCCAGACGCACCGCUGCGAGGAGUUCUGCCACACCGGCCACUGCGCGCUCUGCCCGCGCGUCAGUUUUGAAGAGUUGACUUGCGAAUGUGGCGCUGAAGUCCUACUGCCGCCCGUCCGCUGCGGCACGCGGCCGCCGGCCUGCAGCGCUCCGUGCGUGAGGGAGCGCCCCUGCAAGCACCCGCCGCACCACUCCUGCCACUCCGGGGAUUGCCCUCCGUGCGUCGUGCUCACUACCAAAAGGUGCCAUGGCGAUCACGAGGAGCGUAAGACGAUACCUUGUUCACAAGAGGAGUUUUCGUGCGGUCUGCCUUGUGGCAAACCUCUGCCCUGCGGCAAACACACGUGUAUCAAGACAUGUCAUAAAGGACCUUGUGAUACUGGCAAAUGCACGCAGGCGUGCACGGAGAAGCGUCCGUCGUGCGGGCACCCGUGUGCGGCGCCGUGCCACGUGGGCGCGGCGCCGCGCUCGGCCGCCGCCGCGUGCCCCAGCGCCGCGCCGUGCCGCCGCCUCGUGCGCGCCACGUGCCCGUGCCGCCGCCGCCACGCCGAGCGCUACUGCUGCGACAACGCCCGGGACUACGCACGGAUGAUGAGCGCUUUGGCAGCUACAAAAAUUCAGGAAGGCGGUUCCGUCGAUUUGUCUGAGAGACCUGGAAACAUGCUCAAGACGCUGGAGUGCGACGACGAGUGCCGCGUGGAGGCGCGCACGCGCCAGAUGGCGCUGGCGCUGCAGAUCCGCAACCCCGACGUGUCGGCCAAGCUGGCGCCGCGCUACUCCGACCACGUGCGCGCCACGGCCGCGCGCGAGCCCGCCUUCGCGCAGCUCGUGCACGACAAGCUCACCGAGCUCGUGCAACUCGCUAAAAAGUCAAAGCAGAAGACGCGCGCGCACUCGUUCCCGUCAAUGAACUGGCAGAAGCGUCAAUUCAUCCACGAGUUGUGCGAACAUUUCGGGUGCGAGAGCGUGGCCUAUGACGCCGAGCCCAAUAGAAACGUAGUCGCUACCGCCGAUAAAGAGAAGUCGUGGCUGCCAGCGAUGAGCGUGCUGGAGGUGCUGGCGCGCGAGGCGGGCAAGCGGCGCGUGCCGGGCCCCGUGCUGCGCGCGCCCGCGCCCGCCGCGCCCGGCCCCGCCCCCUCCGCCGCGCCGCACGCGCUCAACAAAUCAACGAGUGGUUGGGCUACACUAACCUCGACAAAAGCCUGGGCGGCUCGCAGCCAACCGAAACAGGCUCAGCAACCACCGGCCGAGAAGAUCGACUACUUCGACAAUCCGCCCGACAACUAA